AUUUCCUUUUCCCAAACACACACACACACAUGCUUUAUUCUCACACGUUGCUCUCAUAUUUUUCAUUCACUCACCAACUCGAGCUGAAAGAUCAUUUACAUUGUUUAAUUUUUUUGGAAUAAAUUUUCAAAAUUUUUACGAAAUCAUUUUAAACUUUUUUUCUGUGGCAUAAAGCGUUUCGUGUCCAAUUUAAGUGACUUAAAAAAUCAACAAUGCGUUACGUUGCUGCAUAUUUGUUAGCCGUUUUGGGUGGUAAUAAAAGUCCAUCAAAAGAUGAUAUUACCAAAAUAUUGAGCAGUGUCGGUAUCGAAGUUGAUGGUGAAAAAUUAUCAAAAGUCGUUACCGAAUUAAAGGGAAAAUCAAUCGAUGAAUUGAUUGCACAAGGUUCGGAAAAAUUAGCAUCCGUUCCAUCGGGUGGUGGUGCAGCUGCCGCAGCACCAGCAGCAGCAGCCGCUGCUGAUUCCGGUGCUGCUGCCGGUGAUGCUAAAAAGGAAGAGAAAAAAGAAGAAGAAGAAGAGGAAGAUGAUGAUAUGGGUUUCGGUCUAUUCGAUUAGAGCUAAGAAAAACAAUCAUUUCAUGCUCCAUUUAUUAUUUUCAUGAUCAUUUUUUUUCUGAAAAUUUAAUUCAAAAAUAAAAU